UCACCUCUCGCCUGCAGCCAUUCAGGCAGCUCUGCAUUCAUCAUAUGACAGAUCUCCUGGAGAAGGGGGGAUCUACAAGGCUGGGAGAGGAUAGCCAGGAUCAGAUAAGAGGGGAGGGAGCGGAAGGCUGAGCUCUGUAGUCCUAGGCUGCCCAGAACUUCCAUCUGUCACAAGGUAAAGGCUGACAAUUGCCUCUCAGGCUUCAUCUCUGGAAAGUGACAGCAGGAGGCGGAUUUGUGGCAGCCCGCACACUGAGGACUGAGUCUAGUCAUCCUUAUUCCAGACACUUCUCUACAAUCACCCAGGAGGAGGAGGAGGAUGCUGCCUGUUAGCUUCAUUCUGCUCCUGAUCGUCUUUGUGGGACCUCUCAGCCAUGCGCAGAAGUUCUCAGCCCUGACGUUUCUAAGAGUUGAUCAAGACAAAGACAAGGAAUGUAAUUUGGAUUGUGCAGGCUCUCCUUCUAAACUUCUAUGUGCCUCUGAUGGAAGAACUUUCCUUUCCAGGUGUGAAUUUCAACGUGCUAAAUGUAAAGAUUCUCAGCUGGAGAUUGCAUACAGAGGAAAUUGUAAAGAUGUUUCCAGAUGUGUUGCAGAGAGGAAGUACACUCAAGAACAAGCCCGCAAAGAAUUCCAGCAAGUGUUUAUCCCAGAGUGCAAUGAUGAUGGCACAUACAGUGAGGUUCAGUGUCACAGUUUCACAGGAUACUGUUGGUGUGUAUCUCCCAAUGGACGGCCACUCAGUGGGACGGCUGUUGUACAUAAAACUCCUCGGUGUCCAGGAUCAAUAACAGAAAAGCUACCUCAGAAAGAAGGGACAGGAAAAGCAGAUGAUGUUUCUGUUCCAUCAUUAGAAACACAACCACAAGGGGAUGAAGAAGAUUUUGCAUCCCGCUAUCCUACUUUAUGGACAGAGCAAGUAAAAAGUAGACAAAAUAGAACACACAGAAAUUCAGCAUCAUCUUGUGAUCAGGAGCACCAAUCUGCACUAGAAGAAGCCAGACAACCAAAGAAUGACAAUGUAUUUAUUCCUGAGUGUGCAGUCGGAGGGUUGUACAAGCCUAUACAAUGUCACCCAUCCACAGGAUACUGCUGGUGUGUCCUUGUGGACACUGGACGUCCCAUACCUGGCACAUCGACAAGGUAUGAACAACCAAAGUGUGAUAAUGGCGCAAGAGCACAUCCAGUCAAAACAAAAGAUAUGUAUAGAGGAAGACAGCUUCAAGGUUGUCCUGGAGCAAAAAAGAAUGAAUUCCUUACAAGCGUAUUGGAUGCAUUAACUACAGAUAUGGUACAUGCGGUUUCUGACUUAACAUCCUCUUCCAGCAGGGUUUCAGAACCAGAUCCAAACCACACCUUGGAAGAAAGAGUUGUUCAUUGGUACUUCAAGCAACUUGAUAAAAAUUCAAAUGGGGACAUUGGAAAGAAGGAAAUUAAGCCAUUCAAGAGAUUGUUACGAAAGAAAUCAAAGCCAAAAAAGUGUGUGAAAAAGUUUGUUGAAUACUGUGAUGUAAAUAAUGACAAGUCGUUGUCUGUCCACGAAUUAAUGGGAUGUCUUGGCGUUACACAAGAUGAAGCCCCUAAAAGUAAUGGAGAGAAUCCAUCAUCUAAUAAACAGAUCUCCAGAAAACAAGGUUGAAUAGGCUUUAAGACAAUCCAAAAUCCUAUUUGAGAAGCUGAUGCCCAAUGCCAUGUAGGCAGUGAUACAGAAAUAGUAUUUGCACUUUGUACUUUAAAUGUAAAUUCACUUUGUAGAAUUGUGAUAUUUAAGCAGACUUUUGAAUCUGUGAAACAAAAUGAACUUGUGGAAAUUUACACAUACAAUGUAUGUGCCUUGCUCUCUGUAGCUAUUAUAGAUGUACAAGUUAUGCAUUUCUCUUUAUUUUUUAUUUUGAAUGUAGGUAGAUGUAGAUGAAUGUAUAUGUAUAUGACUUGAUUUCUUUAGCACAUUGUAUACUUCAGCUGUUUUUUGUUACUCGCUUUUAUGUGCUUGUUCGGUCUCUUUGAUUGCCGAUUUUAGCUUUUUUUUUUUUUUAUAGUUAUGUCCUUUAUUAAAAUGUUUAUAUAUUUUUUUUUGCAUAUUUUCUAAUUGUUGUGCUGAGCAAAACAAUAUAUUUGUUGUUUUUUGUGUUGAUUUGAUGACAUCUUUUCAACCAGAAAGUUACGGAGCUCAGGACUGUCAUUUUUUUUUACAUUUCCCUGCAGCAUCUGUUUGAUUUGUUUAUAGAAUAAGUAACACAAAGAUCAACUUUCCAAUAACUGACAAAUUCAUUCAGGCCUCCGGGCACGCAGUCUUUGUCAUAUAAUCACAAAAAUAUUUGUUUUUCUGUUUUGAGACUAAUCAGCCUAAAAGAAGAAUGUCAAAACAAAAUCUUUUCAUUACACCUGGCUAAGAUUUCAUGUACCAUUCAUUCUUCCUCCUCCUCCCAGUGCCUGGAGGUCAACAUGUAGCAAAAGCUAUCACCUGAACAAAUUAUAAACAUUUGCCUUCAGGAGGAGCAAAGAGUGUGUAACCAUCGCCUUGAGCAUUCUCCUUGCCAUCUGGGAGACGUCUGAACAGGCAUUAAUGCAUUCCCCUUAAUUCCUUUUGAGGUGCCUUAAGGAACAAAGUAUUUGCAGAUGUGAACUUUAUAGCUCAAGUACAUAAAACACUUUUCAAGAGUUUGGACUUUAAUAAAUUAUAUUCAUCUGUUGCAAUAAUCAAUAACCCCCACCUCAGCGUGCACACAUGACAGACAUUGAAAAACAACAGUAUUUUUUUUAUAUUUCAUUUUACUAUGGAGAAAACACUAAGCUGACUCACAUAUGGUUUUCACCAGCCAAUAAAUAGCAGGGCAGGCUUUUUUCAUAUAUUCAUUACACGCAUGCCAGAAACAGGCUUGCUUGUUGUUUUUUUUACAGCGUUUUUGACUUUAUAUACAAUGUUGUAUCAGUAGCAGAUCUCAGAAGCUGUAAUGUAAUUGAGACACCCAUUCCUCUACAUUAUGACAAAUAUGGCAAAGUUAAUCGUAUGAAGAUAUAUGGUAUUAUACUUUGUUCUAAUUGUAGCUCUGCUGUAAUAUGUAAUAUGAAUGCUACAUAGCUGCUCCAAAGCAUGUAAAGAGCACAAAGAGAUUGUAAAAUACAGAACCCUUGUUAAAGGGGUACUCCACCCCUAGACAUCUUAUCCCCUAUCAAAGGAUAGGGGAUAAGAUGUCUGAUCGCGGGGGGUCCCGCCGCUGGACAAGA